AUGCUGCAGCGGACGGACUUCGGCUUGCUGACGGCGUUCUACUUCGGUGUUCAGGGCCUGCUGGAGAUCUCGGAGACGACCGUCGGCUUCGUUGCGCACGCGUUGAACCUCCAGAUCGCGAUCAUGGAUGGAUCGAUGAAGACUUGCAGUGUGGCGACCAGAUGCUUCAAGAAGAUCAUGGGCGACGUCAAGACGGCCCCGGAGAUCCAGCACCUCGUGAUCGAGGGCCGCGGUGACUUGAGCAGCCUGGAUAAUGCGCGCGUCGACGACGGGGCAGCACUCAGCAGAGGGACGCCGGCGGCCAACGACGAAGGCGACGACGUGGGUGGAGAAGCAGACAUGGUGCAGGAGCUCUACGCGUGGCAGCCACCUGCUCGAUAG